AUGUCAACCGAUCAUUUCGGUGACAAUCUAGGUGAUGAAGAAGAUUCUGUGAACUUUGAAUUUUUCGAAGAACAUCGAGAGUCUAUACCGGAAUCCUUAAAAAAGAAUGACAAUAAUAACUCAAAUUUAGUUAAAGCAGAUAAUAAAACGUUUGUAGUAGAAGAAAAACAUGAAGGUGAUCUGUAUAAACAGAGUGAAGAUCUUGAAUUAAGCAAUGAAGCAUAUCAUAGCACUGAAGAGGAAGAAGAGAACAAGAAGGGAAAAGAAAAUGAAAAUAAUUGGGUUAAAAGUUCAACAUUUCACAAACCAAAUAACAAUUCUGAUAGAAGUAAUAGAAAUACAGCUGUAGUGAAGGAUAUUGACAGUGAUUCAGUAAAUGAUGAUGACAAAGAAGAAGAAGAACAAGAACAAGAAGAAUCAAUUUCAUCUGAUGAUAUUUCUAAUAUUUCUAGAAAUAAAAAUAAAAAUGUAACAUCUAGAAAUUCUCCUGUACAACAAUCAUUAAAUAAAAAUAAUGACCAGAAAAAGCAAACCAGAACCUCAUUUCAUAAUGCUUCAAAUUCUGAUAUUUUUAAUAUGAAUAAUGAAUGUAUUAAUGUUGCACAAAUUGCAGAUGCUUUAAAAAGUUUUGACAAAAAAAUACAUCGUUUACAUAUUCGUCCACCAUGGAAAGAUCCAAAUUCAAAACCACUUCCAAGUGAUCGAACAAUAGCAUUUUAUAACAUGUAUGAGGAUUAUUUAAAAUAUCGAAAUCAACGACCAUUUUCAAGUUUAGGAUAUUCAACAACAAAAUGUUUGAAUGAUGAAAUAGCUGUGCAUAGAUUGUAUCAUUCAACACUAAACCGUUUGCGUCAAAAUGAAAAAAUACAACUGGAAAACUAUGAAUUAGCUAAACGUUUACAAAAAAUUCGACCAACAACUGGUAUGACUAAAGAAGAACAAUUAAGAGAUUAUAAAAAGUAUUUUAUUACACCAAAUUCAUUAUCUUCAUAUUAUAAAUCGGAAUUGAUUUCUUAUCGAAAAAAUAUUCAUUUUAAUCAAAAAUCUAUUAAUAAUAAAAAACAAAUAAACAUUUUAAAACCAAAUGAAUUAACAACUAAAUCUAUAAGGAAUGAUUUAUUAUAUAAUAAAUACCAAACAAAUAAUAAUAAUAAUAAUAAUAAUAAUAAUAAUGAUAAAAGUAAUUUGAAGCGAUCAAACAAAGAUAUUAAAGGAAAAAUAAAAUUUGAAAAUUCUAAUAAUUCUGAAUUGAAACAUGAAUCAAAUUCAAAUUCUUCUACAAUGAAUCAUCAAGUUCAUUAUUCAAAACAAUUUAAUAAACCAUUAACUAUUCAACAACAAUCUUCCAAUAAUCGUUCGACAUCUUCAUCGUCAUCAUCAUCACCAUCAUCAUCAUCAUCAACAUCGUCAGGUUCAUUUCAUUCAUCAUCUGAAUUAUCAGUUAAAUAAUAUAUAACUUUUCAACUUUUCGAUAAUGUAAUAAGAAGACGGAGAUGAUUAGAACUAUGUGAUGAUAUAUUAGCGCAAUACAUUUUGAAUAAUCUGAUCACACACAUUUACUUGUGAAGAGCAUUUAUAUAUAAAAGUGUAAAAGAGCGUGUACUAAGGUUUAUUAAAGCCUUAGCUAUACGAAAAUCCAAACCCCCUUUGUGUAUUCAAAAACAGUUUCUUCUUACCUUAAUCCUACCCUGGUAAUAUUGACUUAUUAUUAUCCAGAGUGAUUACGUUUUAAAUUGUGUUCAGAUUAUUAUUAUUAUUAUUAUUAUU